AGCUGGGUGGGUCUCAGUAGCUAAUUACAGUCUUUGCAUAGGUACCCGUUGCUUAGAAACGGAUUUAAACUUGAAUAACUGUUUAAAAUGAACUCUAAACACACGAAAACAGUUCAAACAAAUGUAACGUGAAGCAAAGAAUUUUCGUGGACGUUCAUGACUGGGCAGCGCUGCAGAAAUGUCAAAACCACAGAUGGAAAUGAGCUGCGAUCUUAUACCUUCACAUGGAGUAUGGGGCUGGAAUGAUGAACAUCAGAGUCUUGAAUUCAUAAGUCUCGAUACACCCGCAGAAGCGAAAGAAAGAAAAAAGAGGUGCAAGCUUCUCAGUUCGCAAGACACCGUGAGCAAGCGGCCAGAAAGGUCUGCAGUGUCAGCAGUGUCUGGCAAAGGCCAACCUAGGGCCCGUAGCCCCACAGACAAGAGUGCUGUUGGAGAAGCCCAGCUAAAUGCCUAUAAGUCAUCCCCAAAACGGGACCAGAGGGACUGUGUCACGAUCGAAGAUAUUAAACAGGCAACACUCAUAUUGCUGCAGGAGAAGGAGUCUGUUCCUCUGGGUUUCCUGCCCAUAUUGAAACAACGGGAGCUAGAUGACUUUCUUGCUUCCCUUCUGCUUUAUCUAUCCUGCUUUUUUGUGAAGACAACCCUGGAGAAGAAAACCACACCUCAUAUGAUGGAGCAGAGUCUGAGAGAACAGCAGGAGAUGGCUGAGGCGUGCAUGAAGGUGGACCUGUCCCUGAAGCAGCUGGCCAUCCACUACUCCACCCUGCUCCUGGAGCUCACCCUGCCCCUGCUGUCUGCUGGAAAGGGAAAAACGUCAGCCAAGCACAAAGAGGUGUUUGAGUGUCUGUACAGAUUCCUGUGUUAUGCUGCCUGGGUCACUUUUGAGAGGAAGGACCUGAGUGCGAUUCAGGAGGAAGUGGGAAGACUGCUGUACUCUGACACCUUCAACCCCGCCUGCAAGCUUAGGGCUAAACAGGGCGUGUCCUCUCAGGACCGUGCCCAGAAGGCAGGGGAGGUGGAGUCCAAAGAUCCGGCCGGCCCCCCUGUGCCAAAAAGCAGCAGGAAUUGCCCACGAAGGCUGGACCUGACUAAGGUGUUAACACAACGUACCCCCCUGAUGGAGGCCCUCCUCCCUCCUACGGGGCAGGCUGCCCCCCACCUUUUCAGCGCAUUCAGCCCCCAGAAAGAGCGUUCACUGAUUGUCUGCGACAGGGAGGUCCUCUUGGACCAACUCACCGAUCAGCUUGCGUCUCUCAGUUUUGGGAUCCUGGGGAAACCACUAAGCCUGUUCAGCGGUCCCACACUCAUACGCCGGGGGGAAGAGAACAAAGAUGAGGAGGAGGAGAAGGGGGAAAACGCAAAUCGCUCCUCUGCAUCCGCUGACGUGCACAGCAAACAGGGUCGGACCAACACCGCCGUAUCCAGGGCAACCACUGAGGGGGGCUACUCAGACACAGAGUGACCUCCCCCCUUAUACCCAGCCACAGUAUGAACUCUUGAGAAAACUACAAGAAAACACAAGACAUUCAAUUUGUGUUCGAUGCAUGGAUUUGUUAAAUUUCAUAUAUUUAUUCUUCUAAUGCUGGCCGGGUAAAAAAAUGUACAUUUUUUCACAGUCAAAUCAUUCACAGUUGAAUCUUUUAUUUUGCCACUAAACUGUCAACCACUUGGAGGUGUUGUUGUCUAAGGCAACCCAGCGCUCACUGCAUUGAAAGUACUUGCUGCAAAGUACCUUGCAUUCCUUCCUCGGUGAACUUAAUGGAUUCAGAAAAAGCACAUUAUCAGUGCACACUGGUUAUUAUUAGAGACAUUAAGCUGUAUUUCAAUACAAAGGCCUGGUUAGUGAACAAUUGUUUUGUGCACAGGACUGUGAUGGAAAUUUUUAUUAUUUUGUACUUCUAGAGAGAGGCUUUGAAUGUCAAUUCAAUUUCAGAAAUAAGCUGUAACAUGAUUACUUUAGAAGAAAAAGGUUCUGAAAUUAAUAUUACUCAUUUUGCAACCUCAUUUUUAGCACCACAAGUUGGAUUUACUGUUAGCUUGAACAUGUCUGCCCAUUCUCCUCUGACCUCUCUCAUUAACAAGGUGUUUUUGCCCACAGAACUACCUCUCACUGGUUGUAUGUUGUUUAUGUACCAUUCUCUGUAAACUAGAUACUCGUUGUGUGUGAAAAUCUCAGGAGGGCAGUAGUUUCUGAGGUGCUGGAGCCAGCAGUCACACCAUGGUCAAAGUCGGUUAGGUCACACUCAGAUCAUGCAUUCUAAUGUUUGGAAGAUCAACACCUAAACCACUUCACCAUGUCUGCAUGCUAUAUAUGCUGAGUUGCAAUCACAUGGUUCACUGUCUGGAGAAGCGGGCUCUUUGUGAUAAUGAGCAAGUGUGAAGUACCCACUGAGUGUAUUUAAAUAUGUAUGGACAAGGCGUGCUGGAUAACAUGCACUAAAAUGUUUAUCGAAGUUGUCUAUGGUCAGCAAUAUUAAAAAAGUAUGUAAUCUUAUUGUGAUACACUAUAUGACCAAAA